GGCCGCGGCGGGGACGCGCUGGCACGCGGGUCCAGGUCCCCGCUGUCGCCCGCAGGUCUGUUCGGAAGCCCUUCUGCUGAACCAUGCUGGGCCCCAAGGGGCCUGCUGCAAGUCCAGCCCACGGAGGCAGGUGGCCAUGAGUAGCCGCAGCCACAAUGGCAGUGUGGGGCGGCCUCUGGGCAGUGGGCCUGGAUUCCUGGGCUGGGAACCUGUGGACCCCGAGGCAGGCCGCCCCCGACAGCCCACCCAAGGCCCCGGCCUGCAGAUGAUGGCCAAGGGUCAGCCUGCUGGGCUGUCACCCAGUGGCCCCAGGGGCCACUCCCAGGCGCAGGAGGAGGAAGAAGAAGAGGAAGAUGAGGACAGGCCAGGCUCAGGGAAGCCCCCGACCGUCAGCCACCGCCUGGGCCACCGUAGGGCCCUCUUCGAGAAGCGUAAACGACUCAGUGACUAUGCACUCAUCUUUGGCAUGUUUGGGAUUGUCGUCAUGGUGACAGAAACAGAGCUGUCCUGGGGUGUGUACACCAAGGAGUCUCUGUGCUCGUUCGCCCUGAAAUGCCUCAUCAGCCUCUCCACUGUCAUCCUGCUUGGCCUUGUCAUCCUCUACCACGCCCGAGAGAUCCAGCUGUUUCUGGUGGACAAUGGUGCCGAUGACUGGCGCAUUGCCAUGACGUGGGAGCGAGUGUCCCUGAUCUCGCUGGAGUUGGCUGUGUGUGCCAUCCACCCAGUGCCUGGCCACUACCGCUUCACAUGGACGGCACGGCUGGCCUUCUCCCUGGUGCCGUCAGCAGCCGAGGCGGAUGUGGAUGUGCUUCUGUCCAUCCCCAUGUUUCUGCGCCUCUAUCUGCUGGCUCGGGUCAUGCUCCUGCACAGCCGCAUCUUCACGGACGCAUCCAGUCGCAGCAUCGGAGCCCUGAACCGUGUCACCUUCAACACACGCUUUGUCACCAAGACACUCAUGACCAUCUGCCCUGGCACCGUGCUGUUGGUCUUCAGCAUCUCCUCCUGGAUCGUCGCUGCGUGGACAGUGCGCGUGUGUGAGAGGUACCAUGACAAACAGGAAGUGACCAGCAACUUCCUGGGGGCCAUGUGGCUCAUCUCCAUUACCUUCCUGUCCAUCGGCUACGGGGACAUGGUGCCGCAUACCUACUGUGGGAAGGGCGUGUGUCUGCUCACCGGCAUUAUGGGAGCAGGCUGCACUGCACUCGUGGUGGCCGUCGUGGCCCGGAAGUUGGAACUCACCAAGGCUGAGAAACACGUGCACAACUUCAUGAUGGACACACAGCUCACCAAGCGGGUGAGGUUAAAACGCUUCGCUGCAAACGUUCUCAGGGAGACAUGGCUCAUCUACAAACACACCAGGCUAGUGAAGAAGCCAGACCAAAGCCGGGUUCGGAAACACCAGCGUAAGUUCCUUCAGGCCAUCCAUCAGGCGCAGAAGCUCCGGAGUGUGAAGAUUGAACAAGGGAAGGUGAAUGAUCAGGCCAACACGCUGGCUGACCUGGCCAAGGCACAGAGCAUCGCAUAUGAGGUGGUGUCGGAGCUGCAGGCCCAGCAGGAGGAGUUGGAGGCCCGUCUGGCUGCCCUGGAGAGCCGCCUGGAUGUCCUAGGCGCCUCCCUGCAGGCCCUACCAAGUCUCAUAGCCCAAGCCAUAUGCCCUCUACCACCACCCUGGCCCGGGCCCAGUCACCUGACCACAGCCGCCCAGAGCCCACGAAGCCACUGGCUGCCCACCACGGCAUCAGACUGUGGGUGAGGGCCUGCUGGUCACUAGACUGCUUAAUCUCGGCCAUUGUGUGGCCACAGCUAGCUCCUCACUGUUCUGGACCUCCGGACGACUGAGUUUGCAAGCUUGGGUGGAACUGAACUGACUGGACUGGCAUUCAUUCCUCUGAGGCUGGACCAUGAGAUCCAUGGCCCCUUAGCUGUCCAAAGCCCCAGGAGGGCAAGGAGUAGUAGAAGGGGGGCCUCGACAUUUCUAAGUAAAUCAGAAGCCUCCAGCCCACUUCCUGUUUACAUGGCAGGGGGGCCAUGACCAUCUCCCCAGAGGAGGUGGAUGACCCAGCCUGUGGGUUCCUGAAUGGGCAAGGACAGAGGUGGAAAGUCACUGCCCAUGCAUUGAGUACUUGCUGUAUACAGGGACUGAUACAAUGACUUUUCUUCAGGAUCUAAUUGGAGUAAGGUACAAACAAAUGAAGGUUCAGAGAGGUGAGGCCACUUGCCUGCAGUCACACAGCAAUGGUCUGAGGCAGACACACUUGUCAAACAGCAUAGGUGGAUAGAUUCUACUUGGGGAUCCUCAUGUCAAAGUAAGGGCACACGGGAGGGUAUGGGGGCAGAUGUGAGAGGGUGAGAGGCCAGGGUUACAGACAAGCAAAAUCACCAUGGUCCCUUCAGACCUCAGGUUCCAUCCAGACUUUGGGUACUUGGGGAACACCAAGACACCUCACAGGGGUAGGUGGCUUGUCACAAUCAACCAUGGAGCCUAAGUCAUGGCAGCCCCUGAUAUGGACGUUAGCCACCUGUCUCAGGAGAUAGUAGACCUGAACUGAAUCCCAGGGGCCCAGCUUGGACUCUACAAGUUUGUGGGCAGGAGCUGCGGGGUGGAGCGGGGGUGGGGCUGGCUUUAUUUCCCUGCUGCUAUGGGGCAAGUCUCUAAGGGGAAACAGGCCUAACCUAACCCCCACAGGGGUCAGACAGUAGGUGCUCAAUAAAUGCUCCCUCUUCCUGAGACUGCCCAUGAAGGCUUGGGAAACAUAGCCUCAUCCUGUUCCUUCUGAGUCCAGUGUUAGCUCCUGUCCAUGAGGAGGGGACUGGGAUCAAAACAGGACCGGAAGAAAUAAGGCAGGUCAAUGUGACACAUGCCUUUAUUCCUAACACUUGGGAGGCCAAGGCAGGAGGCUUGCAAUGUAUGCACAGUAAGACCUGGGAGUGGCACAGAAAUAAACAAGGCUGGAGGUGACUUGA